CGAGCAUAGCAAGCUAAGCUAGCAAUGGGAAUCAAAGGAUUAACAAACUACGUUGAAGUUACCUUUCAGAAGUGGAAAAGAGUAGAAAUACGCAACUGUCCUAUAGUACUGGAUGGCAGCAGUAUCCCCUAUCACAUGCAUGGGGAUUUUGACUGGAAGUUUGGUGGGAACUACCCUGCUUUUAGAGAUGCAAUCGAAGCCUUCUUUGAUACAUUAAUUGGACGGGGUAUCAGUCCAAUCCACGUAGUUUUUGAUGGAGCCAAACCUGCAGAAAAGCAGAAUGCUUUACGCACUAGGAGACAAGGUUUUCAGCAUACAAUACGAAAGUCUCUUGAAAAAGGUGAGGUAAUUAGUGAGCCUGACGAGAGAAACAUACGCCCACCAUUAACAACCGAAACUUUGAGGAAAGUUAUGGAAAAAUACAAAAGUAAAGUGGAAAUAAUACUGUAUGCAGCUGAUGAAGAUGUAGCUAAAGUUGCAGUUUCCCUCGCUAGAAAACACACGUGCUAUCUGGUAGGGCAGAGCUCUGAUUUCUAUAUUUAUGGCCUUCCAAAAGGAUAUAUUCCAUUCAGCAAACUUGAAUGGAGAGGACCGGGUUUUGCUGUUUGGGGGAAAAUUUUCAGACGAGACGUAUUUAUGAAGGCGCUAGGCCUUGAGCAUGAUCUUAUCUAUGCUAUUCCAGCAAUUGCUGGUAAUGACACACUACCUAACCUCCUUGAAACAUGCCCAUUAUUCUUAGCUGCCAUCAAAGAGCAUAGAGAUAGCCAAAAGGGUAUUCGUCUUGUUAUGGAUUUUCUGCACCACAAAGGCAGCACCAUGGAGAAGCUUAUUCGUUUUCUUGAAAAUGUCAUUGAAGACGAUGAAGAUGAAGCAAUGGAAGGCAAAGUUGAUACAGAGCCUGUUGUUGAAACAUUUAUAAAUAAUUUGGAGAAAGCGAAUGUGAUGUACAAAGAUACUACGCCAUUUGAUGAGCAUAAGUUCAGCGAAUCAAUUGCUCAUCAGUCAAUACACAAGGAAAAAGUCCCCGCAUGGAUUGUAGAUAAUUACAAAAAUUUUUUGUUUUCAAGCAGUUUAUUGGAGGUUUUUGUAUAUGGGAGAAAUUUUUUACGGGUGGUUCCAGAUGAUUGCUCACAAUGUACAAGCACACUUUUCAGUAACAGCAUACGAAGGGAAAUUUAUAGUAUUUUGGUUGGAAAAGAAAGAAAAGUCGAGAUAAUUGAAGUUAUCAGACAAGUGCAUAGUUUAUUAGAAACAGCAAUAAAAGUACCAGCUAAUCCUUCUCAUGCAGUGAAAAUUGAAGACAUGGUUUCAGAAGAAACAGAGAUGAGACGAAAUAGAAUUUAUGCAGCUCUUCAAUGCGAUGGUAAAACCUUAGAUACCAUUAACGAAAAAUGGUACCUACCAAUUAGUUCUAUUAUCUUCUGGGCCAAGAAAGCUAAAUUACCACCUGAUGACAUUAGGCUCAAGGCACUCAUCCUGUGUUUUGCAAAAUGUUUUCACAAAUCUCUUCCUGCUGCUCAGCACACUCCCGCCUUUAAUUUGCGUACUCUUCAUCUUUAUGCUCAGUGGCAGUGUGUCUAUCAUGAUGCUAUACUGCUUAACCAAGUAUUGGCUCUACCACUGCCCUAUCUGUCACCUGCUGACUUGUUUGAUGGCAAACUUGUCACAUAUUACUCUCAGAAAAAUGCUAGGGAGUUUGACAUGCUCACUGCAGAGUUGGAUGAUGAAAAUCAACACCUGUAUAAAAAUAUUUUUGAAAUCGUUAACAAAAACAUGCCGCUUCCACCUCAACCUAUUGCUUCUUAGAGCAAGCUGAGUAUCUAGAUAACUGUAGAUUUACUGCUAAUUAUAGAUAGAGAUGAAUUAUGAAUAAUACAUUUUUAAUAACUAUA